AAGAAAAAUUCAACUUGGUGAAAAAUCUCAUUUUGUAAACACAGUGUGAUCAGGAUGACUUCCCCGCUGGAUUUGCUGAAGUACGACGAAACUCGUGAGCGCCCCUGGCUCGCGGACAAAUGGGGCGCCAUUCUGGGUGGAACAAUGGGAUUUGGCUUUGCGUGCUGGGUGAAUUUUCUGCGUCAGCGUCCCGUUCUCAGUGGACUCCAGAAGCAUAUGGCUUUCCCCCUAAUUGGGGCCACGGUGUGCCACUUUCUCGAUCGCUACCGUGACAAGUACAUGGCGGAGCGUGAUGCUGUUCUACGUCACUACAUUGAGCUCCAUCCGGAGGAUUUCCCAACACCCGAACGUAAGAAGUGGUCAGAGGUGAUUGAGCGAUGGAUCCCAAUUCGAUAACUUGGCGGGCACGACAAGUUUGUAUUGUAUAUGGUUUAGCAAUAAUAUUAACAUUUAUUGAAAUGCUA